AUGUCAAGCAACUACUCAUGCGAGACCGCGAGCGAGACCCUGGAAUGGAUCAACGCCAUCAUCGACUUCAUGAAGCCCUUCUCUUUCUUGACCAACGCUCACGUCGUCAAUUUCUUCAACGAUCGACUCUGGGAGGCCAUUGAUCACGAUUGGAUGGACUGCUUACGGCAGGAACCAGUCGAAAAUCUCCUCCAAAUUCCAUCUGGAGUGGUCCAGGAUCACUGGCCGGCUUCGCUCAAGGAGUUUGUUGUUACGUUGAGGUCUCUCGCGCUUCCUCGACAGCAGGCCGACUUGCAGGCGGUAUUACCUGGAAUUAGCAUGACUUCCCUCAAUAGUGUUCUUUCGACGGGCAUGAAUUCGAAGAAGAAACAUGAAGUAGAAAUUCUUUCGGCUGUUGUCAGUUCAGUUGCAAACAACAUCGGUGCUCACGCAAUAAUAGAUGUUGGUGCUGGUCAGGGGUAUCUUGCACAAGUACUUUCCUUCCACUACCAACAUUCGGUAAUUGCAAUUGAUGCCUGCUCUCACCAUGGAAGGGUUACCAAUGCACGUGCAGAGCAGAUCAAGAAACAUUAUGCUGCUCAGAUGCGUAAAUCCGUAGCAGGAAACAGGAAUUUGGAUGUGCCUAAGACAAUCACAUGCAAUGUGAUGUCUAUUGACAUGUUGAAAGCUUUGGCUGAUAUAUCACUGCAUAAAGAUAAUGCCUCUCUACUACAAGCUUCCUGCCAUGCGGAUGGUGAAACUUCAUUAGUUCUUGCUGGGCUUCAUGCUUGUGGAGAUCUUUCGGUGACAAUGCUCAAGACCUUUACGGAGUGUGAAGAGGUUAAAGCAGUUGUUAGCGUUGGCUGCUGUUACAACUUAUUGUCUGAAGAGGGUUUCAAUCAUGUGGGGUCUCAGUGUGGUUUUCCCAUGAGUCGUGGUGUUAAAUCUGCUGACUUGUCACUUGGAAAAAGUUCACGUGACCUUGCUUGUCAGAGUGCAGAGAGAUGGGGUUGUUUGGAAAAUGAUGCUGGUCUCCACAAUUUUGAGUUGCAUACUUUCCGUGCUGCUUUUCAGAUGGUUUUGAGUCGAUAUUAUCCUGAAGUUGUGAUAACUAGUCCAUCCAUUGGGCGUCAAGGGAAGGCUUUGCGUCGCCAGCAAAGUAGGGGCACGAUAGACUCCUCUAUGAAUCAGAAGGAAGGGACUUGUUCAUCCUUGCCUCAGUUACCUUGUGAUAUGAAAGGAAGUGGUUCUCACCUAAAAACCACAAAAAUUGAAACAGAUGACAGUUUUGAGAUGGAGUUAGAGACAACAACCAAAGGCAGUGGGCAUUCAUCUAGUAAGGCCACCAAAUACAUGGGGACUCCACUCAUUAGCAAAUAUACACUUUUUGAGAAAUACUGUCUAUCCGGAUUAUGUCGCCUGGGUCUUGAGCCUCUGAAGGAGACAGAUCUCCAUGGAAUAUGGAAGGAAGUUCAGCCUUUUGCUGAACUUGUUGGACCUUAUUGGACUCUUCGAGCUGCUUUUGGGCCUCUCUUGGAAACUCUACUUUUGCUUGAUCGAUUAUUGUUCCUACAAGAGCAAGGCAGUUCAAUUGACGUAGUCAUGUUACCUAUUUUUGAUCCAGCAUUAUCCCCGAGGAAUGUGGCCAUUAUUGCUAAAAAAAGUUGACAAAAAUUUGACGCUGGCAUAAAAUAUGAAACUGUUGUACAACUACAAACUCUUAUCCUGCAAUGCAGAGUUUAGACAAUAUUUUCCGGAGGAUUUGCUAACUGUAUACAUCAACCUACUUUAUAGAGUCUCCUAGGGCAUGCUGGAUUGAGAAAGACAGGUUUG